UAGUACCACUCGAUCGGAUCGGAUCGGACCGGACCGGCUUCCCUCGCUUGCCUUCUUUCUCCCCGCGUUUCCCCUCUCCAUCAACGCCUCUCGCCAUCGCAUUCAUCGCACCACGACCUCGCUGCCUUGCCUGCCAACCGGUGAGCCUCCCUUAACCCUCUCGCCGUCCUCUAGCCAGAGGUGCAGAGCUCGCAGCCUCGCCCAGAUCUGCCCCCUCUUCUCCCCGUUUGUCGGUGCUGCUCUGGUUUUGUCCGGUGCACGCGCUGAUAGCGAGGAGGAAGCGAGGAGGGAGCCAUGGCUCAGAUCUUGCUCCACGGCACGCUCCACGCCACCAUCUUCGAGGCGGAGUCGCUCUCCAACCCGCACCGCGCCAGUGGCAGCGCCCCCAAGUUCAUCCGCAAGUUUGUGGAGGGGAUUGAGGACACCGUCGGUAUCGGCAAAGGCACCACCAAGAUAUAUGCCACCGUUGAUCUGGAGAAAGCCCGCGUCGGGCGUACCCGGAUGAUAUCCAACGAGCCCGUCAAUCCUCGUUGGUACGAGUCCUUCCACAUCUACUGUGCCCACCUGGCCGCCGAUGUCAUCUUCACUGUCAAGAUUGACAACCCCAUUGGGGCCUCGCUGAUUGGGAGGGCUUACCUUCCUGUCCAAGAGCUCCUGGAUGGUCAGGAGAUUGAUAAGUGGCUUGAAAUCUGUGAUGAUCAGCGUGAACCUGUUGGUGACAGCAAGAUCCAUGUGAAGCUUCAGUACUUUGAUGUUUCCAAGGACCGCAAUUGGGCGAGAGGUGUCCGGAGCACCAAGUAUCCUGGUGUUCCUUAUACUUUUUUCACGCAGAGGCAAGGAUGUAAUGUUACUCUCUACCAAGAUGCACAUGUCCCGGACAACUUCAUUCCUAAGAUCCCGCUUGCUGAUGGCAAGAACUAUGAGCCACACAGAUGCUGGGAGGAUAUCUUUGAUGCCAUAAGCAAUGCUCAGCAUUUGAUUUACAUCACUGGCUGGUCUGUGUACACUGAAAUCACCUUGGUUAGGGACAUCAACCGGCCGAAACCUGGAGGAGAUGUUACCCUCGGGGAGUUGCUCAAGAGGAAGGCUAGUGAAGGUGUCCGGGUUCUUAUGCUAGUGUGGGAUGAUAGGACUUCAGUUGGCUUGCUGAAGAGGGAUGGUUUGAUGGCCACGCAUGAUGAGGAGACUGCAAAUUACUUCCAUGGCACCGACGUGAAUUGUGUUCGGUGCCCCCGCAACCCUGAUGAUUCUGGUAGCAUUGUUCAGGAUCUGCAGAUAUCAACUAUGUUCACCCACCAUCAGAAGAUAGUAGUUGUUGACCAUGAGAUGCCGAACCAGGGAUCCCAGCAAAGGAGGAUAGUCAGCUUUGUUGGUGGCAUUGACCUUUGUGAUGGAAGAUAUGAUACCCAGUAUCACUCCUUGUUUAGGACACUUGAUACUGUCCAUCAUGAUGACUUCCACCAGCCAAACUUUGAGGGUGCAUCAAUCAAGAAGGGUGGUCCAAGAGAGCCAUGGCAUGACAUUCAUUCACGGCUGGAAGGGCCAAUUGCUUGGGAUGUUCUUUACAAUUUUGAGCAGAGAUGGAGAAAGCAGGGUGGUAAGGACCUCCUUUUACAUCUCAGGGAUCUUUCUGACAUUAUUAUUCCACCUUCUCCUGUCAUGUUCCCGGAGGACAGAGAAACAUGGAAUGUUCAGCUCUUCAGAUCCAUUGAUGGUGGUGCUGCUUUUGGCUUCCCUGAGACUCCUGAGGAAGCUGCCAGAGCUGGGCUUGUAAGCGGAAAGGAUCAAAUCAUCGACAGGAGCAUCCAAGAUGCAUACAUAAAUGCCAUAAGGAGGGCUAAGAACUUUAUCUAUAUUGAGAACCAGUAUUUCCUUGGAAGUUCUUAUUGUUGGAAGCCUGAAGGCAUCAAGCCUGAAGAUAUCGGUGCUCUGCACUUGAUUCCUAAGGAGCUUUCAUUGAAGAUUGUCACCAAGAUUGAAGCUGGGGAACGAUUUACUGUUUAUGUUGUUGUACCAAUGUGGCCUGAGGGUGUUCCAGAAAGUGCAUCUGUCCAAGCAAUCCUAGACUGGCAGAGGAGAACAAUGGACAUGAUGUACACUGACAUUACACAAGCUCUCCAAGCCAAGGGAAUUGAAGCAAACCCCAAGGAUUACCUCACUUUCUUCUGCUUAGGUAACCGCGAGGUGAAGCAGGAGGGGGAGUAUGAACCUGAGGAACACCCAGAACCUGACACUGAUUACAUCCGGGCUCAAGAGGCUAGGAGAUUCAUGAUCUAUGUUCACACCAAAAUGAUGAUAGUUGAUGACGAGUACAUCAUCAUUGGGUCCGCAAACAUCAACCAGAGGUCCAUGGAUGGCGCUAGGGACUCCGAGAUCGCUAUGGGUGCAUACCAGCCGUACCACCUGUCAACCAGGCAGCCAGCCCAGGGCCAGAUCCACGGCUUCCGGAUGGCGCUGUGGUACGAGCACCUGGGCAUGCUGGACGACGCGUUCCAGCGCCCGGAUAGCCUGGAGUGCGUGCAGAAGGUGAACAAGAUAGCCGAGAAGUACUGGGACUUGUACUCCAGCGACGACCUGGAGCAGGACCUCCCAGGACACCUCCUCAGCUACCCCAUCGGCGUCAGCAGCGAGGGCACGGUCACGGAGCUUCCGGGGAUGGAGUUCUUCCCUGACACCCGCGCACGCAUCCUCGGCGGCAAGUCGGAUUACCUCCCACCCAUCCUCACCACAUAGAGGGCAGGCAACGCCAUCGCUUCUCCUGUCUGGCCUCAGCUUGGUGUCUUUGUUGUUUCUGUUUCAGACACUUAAGCUUCAGAUAGUAGUGUUGUUAUAGUUACUGGCUUACCGCUACUCAGGGAGUAAUAAUAAGUGCAGCGUGCAUGGUUGGAAAGAUAGGAGGAAGGGUUGCUGUGUACUGGUACUGCAUACAGAUUGUGUUGUCCCUGUCUGUUUUAGCCUGUGUGGCUUGCUGCGUUGCAGUGCCGUUUGUAAGAUGAGACUCGAGCACAUGAUUGCUUCUUCAGCUUUUUGUGCUGUUCAAUGUUGAAUUGUUGAUUCUACUGCCA